GCAUCCAUUUCUUUCACCGCACGCUAUCUCCCUCCCCUGCAAACGCUUCGCUCUAAAAGAAAAACAGAGCUAAGAGGAGGAGAGAAAACAAAGAGGCAAAGAAAAAAAAAACAAUAAAACUUUUCAUCACGUGGAAAGCUUGAUAAAAGAUCGUUGAGCAAUAUAUAGAAAAUUAAUCAAAAGGCGAAUGAGCACGACGGGUCCGGCAAGGAAAAGCUCACUAAUGGAAACUCUCUUGGGACUCCUUAGAAUCCGCAUCAAACGUGGCGUCAAUCUCGCCGUCCGUGACAUUAAUAGCAGUGAUCCUUACGUCGUCGUUAAAAUGGGCAAACAGAAAUUGAAAACUCGUGUCAUCAACAAAGACGUAAAUCCAGAAUGGAACGAAGAUCUGACCCUCUCCGUCACGGACCCCAGUCUUACCGUUCUCUUGACGGUGUACGACCACGACAUGUUUAGCAAGGACGACAAGAUGGGUGAUGCAGAGUUCGAGAUAAAGCCGUAUAUCGAGGCUUUAAAAAUGCAACUUGACGGUCUUCCUAGUGGUACCAUCGUCACCACGGUUCAGCCAUGUCGUCGCAACUGUCUAGCUGAGGAGUCUAAAAUAACUUGGGUCGACGGUAAGCUCGUCCAGGAUCUCGUUCUCAGAUUACGACAUGUUGAAUGUGGAGAGGUCGAGGCUCAGCUUCAGUGGAUUGACCUCCCUGGCUCCAAGGGUCUAUAAAACGUCUCUUCUAUUUAUAAUUACCGUUACUAUUUGAGGGUUUUCUUUUGAAUUUGAAUUAAACCUCAAAAACAAAACAAGAACCGAACCAUGUUGAAGUACAAAACGCGUAUCAAUCCGUGCGUGAGAGUAUGAGGAUUAAGAACGUUUGAGGGAUGUUUUGUUUCCCAUAUGGUGAUCGAGUCGUAUAUAUUAUUGUCCUUGUAUAUUUGGAUUAGCUAUGUGCCUUGAAUAAAAGCUUUGAUUACCACGAA